AUGUUAGGUUUUUUAUUGUCCACUAUGUCCCGUGUCCCUAUUAGCGAAGAACAGGCACAACAGUUGCUGAUGAAGCAACAAGCGCAGGAGGAAAAGCAGGAAGCAAUGAGAGAACAGAAAGAAAGUAUUUUGCGCGCCGUUGUGUCUGCUGAAGGAAGGGAACGCCUGACCCGACUGAGUCAGGUGAAAGCUGAUCGUGCAACAGCUGUGGAAUCUUAUAUCAUACAAGCUGUUCGCCAAGGCAAGCUACAACCGCCCGUUUCUGAUGAAAUGGUGCGGGAAAUUCUUGAACAAAUGUCUUCUCAGUCAGCGGAAUCCAAGAGCAAUAUUGUGUUUGCCCGGAAACGCAUGGAUGACGAUUGGUGA